AUGUGUCGGCCAUCCAUGGUGGAAGUUAGUCUAGGCAUCAGUCAUGCACAGAGCAAGCCAGGUGCGGUUCGCGGGCUGCUUUUAGGGCUGCCCAUUUUUGAGUCUUUCUUGGCUCCGAGACUACGGGAGGAUGCGAUUUGUGCUAGUGGCACUUAUAAUGCUGCUGCUACUGCUGCUGCUGCUGCUAUGCGAUUCAGCGUGAGGACUGUUUGGAAGUACGGCAAGCCGGCUGAGUCGGAUGAAUGCUCACGGAUGAUCAUUGGCGGGUGUGCUGCGGGGCCAGGCGAUCCAUCACAUAUACUAGUCCAGAAGGCUCUGGAUGAUCGGGGCCGUGCCUGGUUAGGAGGAGAGCUUGGUUGCCGUGUACAAUAG